AUGGCCUCCCCUCCCGCUCCUCGUUCACAGACCCAAGGCAAGAAACGUGCUGUCUCCGUGCUUGUUUCAUCGUCAACUCAAGAGGCUGUUGAGUCCGCUUUCAAGGAUGGAUCUGAAAGAGAGAGUUGGCUGCAAUUCGCGAUCCAGCACUCCAAGGGAGUCUACAGAACCGCCUCCAACGGCAAUGGGAUCAAGAACAAAAUCUAUCGCCUUCAAGCCGCAUUUAAGGCAGCGCACACCCUUCGGUCCUCUUCUGGAUUUGGCAGCACAGAGUCAGAGUCUUGGAAGGCUGCCAUCGAAAGCGAACGCAGUUGCUAUUUCGAACUGCUUCCGGUUUGGGGUCGGAAGUGGAGCAAUGGCGUGGUGCGUUAUGCAGACUCGACGACGGAUUUGAAGGACGAUUUCAUCACAGACGACCCACCCCGAAAAGACAUCGAUAGCGAUACCGGAGCGGAAGCGGAGGAGGAGGAUCAGGAAGGUAAGGACGAAAGCGAGUAUCAUGCGAGUCUGAAUUGGGAGGAUGAGUCGGAUUGUAAUGGUGAUUUUGAUAGUGUUGAUGGAACUUGGUCGCAGGAAGAGGAAGACGAGCCCUUGAGAGCAGCGGAUGGCGACCCAUCUUCGAGUACCAGGAUGCCAAAGAAGCCAAAGUCGUCCAAGCGAGAGGUGACAGACGAUAUCAAGGAACUGAUCAAGGCGAUACGCGUAUCAGCGCUGCUAGAGUACCAGAAAGCAGAGAUACAGGAACGAGUCAGGAUGAAGGAGAUCGAGUCCCGCCUCAAGGAGAAAGAGCUGGAUUUCAAAUUGCGAUUGGCAGAAAUCGAAGCGAGAAAGGCUGAGGCUAUCGCCAAGGUGCAAGCAGGAAUGGAGAUAGCGUUUCAGCGAGAGCGAUUGAUGUCUGAGCGCGAAUCGGAUGUUCCCAUUUCAACCUCGAUCCAACUCACCUCAACCUCAGCCCAGCUCGCCUCCACCUCGGCCCAACUCGCCACAACGCAGGACACCGACGGUUAG